AUGCGGGUAUUCUUUCUUCUUGUCUCAUUGGUCAUCUUUUUUUUCUAUUAUUUUCUUUUCUAGGACAAUAAGGUGAUUCGUGAUCUGGUAAUAACCUUGGAAGAUUAUGGAUUCCAAUAUGGAGAGAACUUAAAAAACAGCUCGAAUACUUCGCUUAUAGUUAAAGACUAUCCCAACGUACAGCUAAACCUCAGAUACAUAAAAUACCCAGGCAAUUUGUCACCAGAGGAAAGGCUUUUCAAGUUUCCAAAUGCAUCGUUCAACCUCUCGCCUGAUGCGUUACUGAAAGAAUCUGGCGCUGUGGUAGUUAUCUUGUGGUAUAAAACCAUACAUUCUCUUAUAAAGAAUACUUCUUAUGGUGAUAAUAUUUAUGCAGCAAUAAGCAGCAAGAUCAUAACUGUAAAUGUCCGACCUGAGCAAAAGGUGAAGUUUUCACAACCUGUACGCAUCAGUUGGGACUUAGCAGAAUUGGUAACUAAAGCUUUGUUUUUUGACCCAAAGAGAACGGCAGUUUGCAAUUUAGGAUGGAAAAUUAUUAAGACAUUAUAG